GUGAUUAUAAACAGCACCAUCACCCCGAACAUGACUUUCACCAAAACCUCACAGAAGUUCGGCCAGUGGGCUGACAGCAGAGCCAACACAGUGUUCGGCUUGGGGUUCUCUUCAGAGCAGCAACUCACAAAGUUUGCAGAGAAAUUCCAGGAGGUAAAAGAAGCUGCCAGGCUAGCCAGAGACAAGUCCCAGGAGAAAAUCGAGACCUCAAGUAAUCAUUCCCAAGAAUCUGGGUGUGAAACCCCAUCUUCCACUCAGGCAUCCAGCGUCAAUGGGACAGAUGAUGAGAAGGCCUCACACGCGAGUCCAGCUGACACACACCUCAAGUCUGAGAAUGACAAACUGAAGAUCGCUUUGACACAGAGUGCUGCCAAUGUGAAGAAGUGGGAGAUUGAACUGCAGACCCUGCGGGAGAGCAAUGCCCGGCUGACCACAGCCCUGCAGGAGUCCGUAGCCAGUGUGGAGCAGUGGAAGAAGCAGUUCUCCAUCUGCCGAGAUGAGAAUGACCGGCUCCGUAGCAAGAUUGAGCAGCUGGAAGAGCAGUGCAGCGAGAUAAACAGGGAGAAGGAGAAGAACACCCAGCUGAAGAGCAGGAUUGAGGAGCUGGAGUCAGAGCUCCGAGAAAAGGAGAUGGAGUUGAAAGAUCUCCGAAAACAAAGUGAAAUCAUACCUCAGCUCAUGUCCGAGUGUGAAUAUGUCUCUGAGAAAUUAGAGGCGGCAGAAAGAGACAAUCAAAACUUAGAAGACAAAGUGCGGUCUCUAAAGACGGACAUCGAGGAGAGUAAAUACCGACAGCGCCACCUGAAGGGGGAGUUGAAGAGCUUCCUUGAGGUGCUGGACGGAAAGAUUGAUGACCUCCAUGACUUCCGCCGAGGACUCUCCAAGUUAGGCACAGAUAACUAGGCCACGCGGAGGGAGCCUAGGUCAUGAGCCUAGGUCAUGAGUCGCAAGUGUGUGUGUGUGAGAUGACGUAGGCAUAGGACAUUCUCCAUUUGUGUUGCUUCUGUAAAUGCAGGUGCAUUCUGUCUGUCUCCAGACCAGUUGCGCCGUCCACUCACUCCUCCAGAAUAGAAAAUCUCUCGCUUCUCUGGCCUUGUGAGGUUGUGGACAACUGGGAGCUUCUGACUCAGGAAUCCAGAACUUGGUCUACCUUAGCCGUUUACGAAGUCAGGGCAGGGAUGUUUAUAUCUUUUUUAAGGGCUGUUGCAACCCUGUGAACUGGGGUGGGGGAAGUCUUUUCUAAUCUAAGUAUCAAUAUCCUUUACAACAGGCCACUGGGCGCCUUCUACUGAGUAGCAUUCAGGGUGGUGACUCUCUGGCAGAUUCUAGGCCAUGGGCACAUGGGGGGAGCAUCUUUUCCCAGUAUGCAUUGUGAUGCUUUAGCAGAUGUAUCUGACCGUUUGAUGUUGUGACACAGCACCAUCAUCCACAAAGUUCACACUCAAGGAUGACAUAAUUGACUUACCCCAAAAGAAAUAAUUGUCAAAAAAGAGAGUGUUCUAAGUAAGUUUACUAUUUUGUGUUGGAGCACAUUCAUAGCUAUCCUUGGCUGCAUGUGGCCCUCAGGCUGUAGGUCAAACAUACCUACUUGAAAGGAACCAUGUAGUGGAGACUUAUCCAGAGAGAAUAAAACCCAGAUGUUUUGGGGUGUGCCUACAGACAGGAAAUCACUUGUGCCCACUGUGCCCCAUUCUCCCCUGAUCUGUGUGGUUG